AUGUCGAAGCCUGUCAGCGGGGUUGCUAUCUUCCUGCAUCAAUGCUUGACAUUUUCCGACUGCAAGGUCAACUACGAUGCCGUUGGCACAGCUCUGAACAUCAGUGCCGAUGCCGCCAGCAAGCGCAUGAGUAGACUCAAGGAUCGCAUCAAGAAGUCUGGCAACAAUGCAGCCAGCAAGUCCUGGUCCGGCGAGCUUGACGCUGAUGGCACCUUUCUCUUCCAGUGCAUCACUUCGUCAGAGUGCAAGAUUGAUUACGGCAAGGUCGGUGCUGCUCUCAACCCACGCCUUUCAGCUGGCGCUACCGCCAAGCGCUUCAGUCGUUUGAAGACCAAAUAUGCGCCUGCAGAGUCUGCCCCAGCCGCUGCUCCAAAAUCGAAGACCCAGACUCCCAAGGUCUCGGGCUUGCCUCGUUCAGUCAAGCGGAAGUCUGAUGAUCACGAAACGGAAUCCGACGAGGAAGAUACCGAGAAACCAAAGAAGAAGACGGCCAAGACAGAUGCACCUGUUAAGAGGGAGGAAGAUUACGAAGCUGAGUCUGACCUUGACAAGAGUCUUGUGCUCCCUGGAGGCGCGAAGCGUCAGACUCGGGCUCGCACUACUGAUUACAAACGUCUUCUGGAGCACUCUGACGAGUCUGACGAGGAGUCAUCCCGCAUUCCUGCCACCGAUGGUCCUGGUUCCAGUGACGACUACAACGACACCGAUUCAGAUCAGAGUUUCAAUGGCUUCAGCGAUACCAACUGGUCCGAGAGUGAGGAUGACGUCGCGCCACCAAAGACUCCUCGUGCCAAAAAGCCCAGCAUGCUACCGACACCCGCAAAGACCCUGGAGAGCACAGUAUCAGCAAAGACUAGCCUUCCUGCCGUCGUGUCUCCCGAGACUCCAACAAAACUCUCGACCACCGUGACCUCCACACAGAGAAGCUCCACUCGCAUCCCCAAAGUGUCACUACUUACACCUGUGGGCCUGUCCGGACUUCCCGUCCUAAGGACCUAUGCUUCCGGCGACGCGAGUCAAUCCCCGCCACGCCAUGUCAGAUCUGUAUCUGCAUCUCCUGGCGCUGGUGAACACGUCUCCAACAGUACUCAAGAUGCUGCGCUUCAAGAAGCUGUCGCGCUUGAGGCACGAGAGCGCUCCACAAGUGUCGAAACUCAAUGGGAAGACACCGUUGAAAGCUUUGAAGACGUCAUUCCAAGCAUCGAGGACGUGAUCCCAAGCAUUGAAUCACCCCAUGGCCAGCUCAAGGACGUUCCUAGUGGCGGUCUGCUUACCCGCGUUGCAAAGUGGUGGAAAUAA